AUGACAUGUUUGGAAAUAGUAGACAGGUCCUUAUGGUAAUAUCCUUUGUGCAUCUCGUUUAAGAAUUUUACCUGUAGGUUAGCAGACCAAAAAUAUUGACGGGACAGCUGGACGAAAUCGUGAUAGUUACUCGGGAUGAAUGUUAGCGUAUCAAACCACAGCGUGUCUUUACCGCUAAUUCUAUUCCAGGUGUUGUAGAUUUUAUUUAGAUCGGGUAGAUUUUGGUCCUGAGAGUAGUUAUCGAGGUGCGAUCCUCAACCUUGAUAUUCCCGUUAAACUCGGAUACGACCUUUACGAGUUUGUCACGCUGGAUAUUCUGGUAUUCUGGUUCAUAUUCGGGUUCGAGUUAAAUGAUGGGAUACUCGUAAACUCAUUGCUUGGUGGAAACGCUCUAUUGUUACCGUAUUCUGCGGUGGUCGAAUCAGGAUUUCUAGUCGAAGAUAACGGUUCGGAUUCAGAACGGUUACUUGGGUUUCCCGUUCUUACGGGACCUGCCGAUGACGAUGGUUUCACAAAAAUGAAUAGUGCUAACGGCUGGCUCGUGGAAAGAAACGCCGUCCAUUGA